ACUUGCACUUCUCAUAUAUAGCAGCUACCACUACAAGACAAAGCCGGCACACACGCUCUCUCUCAUUGGCCUGCAAUUGUCUUUUAACGAACAAACCAAAGCUUUUCCCAAUCAACAAUGCCAAUGGCAAUGGCGGCAGAAACAGACAGCCAGGUUCUACCAACAAAUCAAGUAUAUGCUUUUCUUCUCCAAACCACAAUUUUCCUUAACAAUAGCAUUAUAAUUGAUCACGCCAAUGGACUCAACGUCCACGCCAAGAUUUCGGUUCAGAGAUCACAGGCAAGACAUAGCCGACGAUUCCUCCUCGGAGGGCCACACCACCGCCGAUUCCUCAUCCCUUCCUUCCGACGGCGAUGACGAACCUCAGCUUCAGUCCAUGACUGCUAAGGGUGUCCGACAUCUGUGUUCUGAGCUCCUCGAGCUUAAGCAAGAAUCAGAUGAGGAUUUUCAGAAGAGUAUCUUUUCAAAUUACUCUGCCUUUCUUGUGAUAAUGAAAGACAUAGAAGUCUUGCAAACUGAAUUAUUGGGAUUGAAAUACCAGGCUUCAUUGCAAAAGAGGCUUGUUAAAGAUGUUAGUGAUAAAAUCUAUUCAACUCUUGUGUCUGAGGAGACUAUAGGAUCCAUGCUUCAAGAAACUCUACCUGUUGAAACGUCGUCUCCAUCUUUAUUGGAUGUACAUGCAGAGAAUGUGUCGGACAUCUUGGAUUCCCUCAUCUCCGAGCAAAGGCUAGAUGAUGCCCUGGCUCUGCUUGAAAUGGAGGGCGAGUAUGUUCUGUAUCUGCGCCCAGAUGAAUAUUCUCCGGAUCAAAUGAUGUCUUAUAAGUCGAUUAUUUCUGGAAAACGGGCUAUCCUCACUGACCGGCUAAUGUUGGUAGCUAAACAUCCACGGGUGUCUGCAGCGGAGCUGCAGAAGGCACUGCUCGGAUUGUGCCAACUCGGAGAAAAUCAUCUUGCAAACCAGCUGGUGCUUCAGUACUAUCACUCAAGGAUUGCUUCUGGCAUAUGUAAUCUGCAAUCUUCAAAGGGAUUUCCAAAUGUGUUGUACAUUCAACAAGUGGCUAAAUGUGUGUGUUCAAUGAUCUCUCAAGCUGUGAGGAGUUAUCUCGCGUUGAAUGGAGGAACUUACCCUUACUCUUCUGAACUAACUCGGUGGGCAGCAGAAGAGACGGGAGUGUUUGCUGCUUGUUUCAUCAAGUACAUUGAGUCCAUCUCUGACAUAAGUGGUAGGCUGUCCACAGCCGUUGCUGCUUUGCAGAUUGUGAUGUCGUAUUGCUCGUUGUUGGAGACUCAGAGAAUCCACGUGCAGCAUUCUCUGAUGGAGCUUGUUCGUCCCUGCAUAGAGGGGGUCCUGCAGCUCCAUAUAAACCAUUUGAGUAGAGUUAUGAUUAUGGUUACCUCAACUGAGACUUGGGUUUUAGACAGAUACUACGUAUCUGGAAUCUUGACAGGAAGGAAUACCGCGAUCAUUGAUCAACAACCGGAAUGCUUCUUUCUCACCAACAGCGGCAGGAAGUUUGUGACAUUGUUCCAGUCUGUUGCAGAGGAGAUUUCACCCUUGAUCACGUUUCAAAUGGAGGGCUCGGUUCUGAAAGGAAUCAUAGACUUCUUCACAGCUUAUGUUGUCAUACUGGAAAGUGCCAUCACUGCUGACACAGAUGCUAUGGAGAAAGAAGGGUUCAAGAUCAAGUUGCCAGAAACUCCAACUCAGGGAGUUUUCAUUCUAGCCAAUCUAUCAACAUUGGUGCAAUUCUCCUCGAGCAUUAUCAGAAACCUCUUUGAUGGCAUCCACCACUUGGAUUUUGAGAUGGAUAGUUAUGCAACGCUCGUUCAAGACAUUUACAGUCGACUCAGAUCCUGCUUUCUCGAUCACUUCAUAUCCAAUAUCUUCUCACCAAAUGCUGGCCAUGAAUCCAGUCCGGAGAUUCGGCUUAGCAGGCAGAAUAGUUGUAGAUAUUUUGAUCUGACUCCAUCUGUUCCCUACCUGGAGUUGUAUUUGGAGCUAAAGAAACUAGAGAAGCUUGCUGAUGACGACUGCAUCGACACGAGAUGGUUGAUGAGUCUGUUCUUGGAGAUGAUGGAUGCAACGUUUGAGUGGAUCUCCACUAAAUCUGAAAUAUGGGCAAUAACAGAGAAUUUUGUUGCUAAUCGCACAAAGUUCAUGCAGUUCAUUCUGGACACUCAGUUUCUGGUGGAAACCGCAAGACGCAGUGAAUACCUAUCAGACAAGGCGAUAACCAUCUCAGACGACAUCAUACGUUGCAUCGAAACGUCCUUCCUUUCAGCUGGUCUGAGCCCUCUAACUCUAAGAGAUUCAAGUGGUGACGAGUGGCCUGCAAACGUGGCUCGUGCAGCCCUUCACAAGCUGCAACGACUUCUUGAAAACGAGGAUGCAGCAGACGAAGAGGGUUCAUCUCAUCACCGCGAUGAGCUCGAAUCAGUGAUUGAAAAAGCCAUUCAUACAACACAAGACACCCAGAUUUAA